AUGGCUCCUCAUUACCACUUCGACAUCUAUACUGGAAUCUAUACUUGGAAGGAGCAGACCCCCGAAACCAAGGUCCCGGACCAGAUCAAGAAGGAGCUGGUUGCGCAUACCUCUGCGUACGCACUUAGGAGCUUCCAAAACUUCAAGAAGUUCCAUGGCCAGAUCAGGUUCUUUCCGACCAGCAACAGCAGACCUCUCUUCGAGAGUGGCGAACCUGUUGGCUUCAACAGCUACUACAUUGAAGCUACUGGUCAUUGUCUCCGAGAAGUCGACGUCCGCAUCGACAACAUGAAGGUCGAGCUCUCUCACAAUAACGAGUGGACAGACCUUCCAACCAUUCUCGAAAACAUCCCCGCGCCUACGACUUGGGAGAAGCCUGGUGAGCCCUUAUCCGUGGCAGCUAAACUCGCCCUCUGGGAUAAGCAGUGGCAAUGGUACUACCACAACACCAAGACUUUCCCCUUCCUACGCCUCCCUUCCGAGAUCCGCGAGUUGAUCUACUCCUUCCUCUUCCCAUCCACAUUCCAGACUUACCCCUACUGCAUGUCGCAACGCCGACCAUGGAAGGUCUCCGCGGGGAUCUCUCAGCAACAAGGCAACGCAAAUAUCCUGAGGGCUAACAAACAACUCCAUAACGAAGCCUCCCACAUACUCUUCCGCGACACCACUUUCCUCAUCGAAAACACCUCCAUCAUGAACCGCGCCCUCCGCCACACCCCCGCCCUAGCAAAGAACAUGACCCGCCUCGAGCUCUCUUUCAACCAUACCCAAUACCUCCGCCUCUUCGGCUUCUACCUCAACGAACACGCAGACUACCCGCCGAAAGAUGCAGCGUACGCCCUCCGGAAUCUAGAUCUCAAACUCCUCACCCUCCGCAUCGCAGAGCCGGAAACUUACAACUCCCGGUCCCCAUCUGGAGGCAGGAAGACCGUCACGUCUUGCCAGAAGAAGGCGGUGAAAUAUAUCCUUCGCACGGCGUAUCCUUUUGUGAAGGGGCAUCCCGUCGAGAUUGAGGGGUUUGUGGCGAGGAAGCAGAAGGAGCGGUUUGAGGGGGCUAUGAGGGGGAAGAGGGACGAGUUUGAGAGGUGGAGGGAGAUUGGAGAUGGGGCGGAGGGGUUGAGGGAGUGGGAUGAGGAUGAGGGUGGGGUUGAGUUGGAGGAUGGAGAGGGAGCGGGAGCGGGAGAGGGAGAGGAAGGGGAGGAUGUGGUGGAGAAGACGAGAGAGUGGCCGCCGAGGUGUAGGUGUAAGGUGCACUGUGGGGAGAUUAGAGAUUGGGGAAUGUGA